CUUUGGCUCCACAACCACAGUGCCAGCAUUUGCGUUUGCUACCCUCAGAGGUCACAUUUCACAUUCAGCAACAAGGUCAUGGCCACCCCCAGCAUUCUCCUGUCAGAGGUGCAGUUUCAGUGUUGUAUCUGUCAGGAUGUUUUCUAUGAGCCCGUCUCCAUCCCCUGUGGUCACAGCUUCUGCUUCACCUGCAUCACAUCACACUGGAAAAACAGCCUCGCCAUCAACUGUCCCAAAUGUCAGACAGUGUUUGAGGGCCGCCCAGAGCUUUGUGAAAACUCUUUCGCCAAGGAAAUGUCAGAGCAGAUCCGAACGAGGAGGCAGAACGGCGUCAUGUCAUUGGCAGGAAAAUCAAUAUAUUGUGAUGUGUGUGUGGGAACGCAAACAAAGGCCCUGAAGUCCUGCCUUGUGUGUCUGACCUCAUAUUGUGAGAGCCACCUGGAGCCACACCUGAGAGUUUCCACCUUGAAGAUUCACAAGCUGAUUGAACCUGUGGCAUCGCUGGAGAACCGGAUAUGUAAAAGGCACCAAAGGCUCCUGGAGCUGUUCUGCCGGAGCGACCAGAGGUGUGUGUGUGUGAUGUGCACUGAGACCGAUCACCGCAAUCACGACACCGUCCCAGUGGAGCGAGAGAGUCAGGAGAAGAAGGCUCAGAUGAAGAAGAUGGAGGCUGAUGUUCAGAUGAUGAUCCAGGACAAACUGCAGAAAGUGGAGGAGAUCAAACACUCUGUGGAGCUUAGCAAAGAAAACUCAAAGAGACACAUAGUGGAAAGCAGGGAAGUCUUCUCCGCUCUGUUUCGUGCAGUGGAGAAAAGUCAAGCAGAGCUGGUGGAGAUGAUCGAGAGGAAGCAAGCAGCAGCAGAGCAGAGGGCAAAGAGGCUUCUCACAGAGCUAGAGCUGGAAAUCACUGAGCUGGAGAGGAAGAGGCGUGAGAUGGAGCAGCUUUCUCACACUGAGGACAACCUCCAUCUUCUGCAGAGGUUCCCAGCUUUGAGUUCUCCUCCAUCUGCCAAAGCCUGCUGUGACAUUAUCGUCCAUUCAGACACGUGUCUGGGGACUGUAAGGAUAGCGGUGGCCAACAUUGAACAACAGCUUCAAUCAGCUUUGAAGAAGUUUUCCAUGAAAGAGCAUGAGAAGAUGCAGAAGUACGCAGUUGACGUUCAUCUGGACCCCAGGACAGCCAACCCUUGGCUGGUUCUAUCAGAGGAUGGGAGACAGGUCUUUGAUGGAGAUGUUGAACAGGACCUGGUGGAUAUAGCAGAGCGUUUCGACACGGCACCAUGUGUCCUCGCCACCAAGGGUUUCACCACAGGGAGGCUCUACUGGGAGGUAGAGGUGGGAGACAAAACAGCGUGGGAUUUAGGUGUGGCUGGACAGUCAGUCAACAGGAAGGGUGUGGUGACACUGAGUCCAGAGGACGGUUAUUGGACAAUUUGUUUGAGGAAGGGCAGUGAGUACCGGGCAUGUGCAAGAGAGGCGGAGCUGCUGUGUCUCUCUCAGAGGCCACAGGUGGUUGGGGUGUUUUUGGAUUACGAGGAUGGGACGGUGUCCUUCUAUGAUGCAGAGGCCAAGUCACAUAUCUAUUCCUUUACACAGUUCCAGUUCACUGAGGCCAUGUUUCCCUUUUUUAACCCAGAUAUGAGUGACAGCGGCAGCAACAAAUCACCACUUAUCAUCCGCCCUGUCAAUGGAGGCAAUGGAGUCGGGGAUUUAGAUGACAUUACAAUAUGAUGUAUUUCUAGGGUCUGUUUUUAAUGUCAUGGCAUAAAAAUGGCAAUAUGACUUCAAACUAAAUUAACAAACAAUAUGGUUUAUGCUGCCAACAAUUAAUCUGGAAAUCUGGAAUGUUUUAAUGAAAAAAAUGCAUAUUGUACAAUAAAUACUUCAUUAGUCACCUCAAA